CUAUGACAUCAGAUUUGAGAACAACGUGGCUCGCCUUGUCAUAAUCGAGCUUUCCAGAAGACUCUGGUGCCUACAAAUGCUUUGCCACAAAUGUAGAAGGCUCAGUCACAACAGAAGCAUUGUUGGAUGUUGAAGCUGUGGCCAGUCCUCCAUUGCCUGAACAAGAAGAGCAGAUAUUUGUGAGCAAGGCCCCAGAGAAAAUGGCCCCACCAUUGCCAUCUCCUAAGCCACAGAGAGUGACACCCAAGGAGAGACCCAUAUUCACUAAGCCACUGAAAGACAAGAGGGUUUCUCAAGGUGAGCAAAUUGUCCUUGAGGUGGAGUUCAGAGGUCAACCCGAGCCAAUCGUCAAGUGGUACCGAGAAGGGGUGGAGAUACAGAACACUCCUGACUACAGAAUUGAGACAAUCUGUGGAGUUAGUCGUCUCAUCAUCCACGAAGCCUUCCCAGAGGACACGGGCAGAUUCUCCUGUGUCCUGUCAAAUGCUGAAGGAAAAUCAAACACUGAUGCUUUCCUGGAUGUCAUGGGAGUACCUAGUCCAAUCCCAUCCCCUAUCCUACCCAAGAAGGCUCCAGAAAAACAGGCUCUUCCAUCUCCAUUCCCGUCACCGAAAGUAUCACCAAAACCGAUUAGAGCGCCCACAAAACGCAGACCUGUCUUCCAACAGCCUUUACGCGAUACGUUUGUCAAGGAAGGAGAUCGUGUUGUCUUGGAGACAAGAGUUGAAGGUGUCCCCGAGCCAAUCAUCAAGUGGUAUCGAGAAACCAUUGAGAUCCAGAACACGACGGACUACCAAAUUGACAUCGAACCAGGCCUCAGCCGCUUGACUAUCUUUGAGGCCUUCCCUGAAGACUCCGGAACAUUCUCCUGCGUGGCUACAAAUGCUGAGGGCAGUGAAAAGACUCAGUCCAUUUUACACGUCAAACCAUCUACUGAUAAACCUCCUCUUCCUGCCGCACCACCGCCCGUUUCCGAGGGCCAGCUGGUGCCACAGAAGCGAGUCCCGCCUUCCCAUAAGCCCAUUCCUGAUCAGCCACAAAAACCAACCAUGGUCUCCGCCAAGGAAAAACCAGUGUUCAAAAAGCCACUGCAAAACACAAUGGCAAAGGAGGGUGAGCGAGUUGUGUUGGAAUGCUGGGUGGACGCCCGCCCUGAACCCAUCGUGAAGUGGUACCGAGAAGGUAUCGAGAUCCAAAACACACCCGACUACACCAUUACGUUCCAAGAGGGCGUCUGUACGCUCAUCAUACUCGAGGUGUUCCCAGAGGAUGCUGGGAAAUUCACCUGUGUGGCCACGAAUGCGGAAGGGCAUUCGGUCAGCGAAGCAUUUUUGCAAGUUGAACCGUCACCGGAGAAGCCAUCUUUACCAGCGGUACCUCCGCCACCCCAGGCACAAUUCUUACCUCAGUUUGUUCCGAAACAAAAAGCGCCACCUAGUGAGAACAUCCCGCCAAAGUUUGUGGAGAAGGUGCAAAGUCACCGACUUGUGGAGGGAACUAAUGCCAUCUUUGAGUGCCGCGUCACCGGCAAACCCUUCCCACAAGUCAUCUGGACCCGCGGGGGCUCUCCUGUCAUGGAAGACAACAGACACCAGAUGAUGACUGAUAACUACUCCGGUCGUUGCACACUGGUCAUCUCACGGUGCUUGCCCGAAGAUAUGGGCGAGUACACCUGUACUGCCCUGAACCCCGCUGGAGAGGACGUGACUACCGCCUUCCUACAACCAGAUGUACGCAAGAAGCCUGUGGAGGAAACUCGUAAGCCUGAGUUUUUCAUCCCACGCGCUGAGCGUAUGCUGGAGAGAGACACACAAGCUAGAAUGGCGUCGGAGACGGAUGAACUGCUCUCCAGUGACACUGAGUUUAAGGUUUCCAGCUUUGAGAAGAGGCUUAUGAAGGAGAUUUACUACAGAGCAGGAAAAGUGCGAAUUGCCAGCGAAACUGAGACAGAAUAUGAUUCCGAACAGCCAGAAGAGCGCAUUAUGCCAGCACAAGUUACUGCCCCAACAUUUGCGACGCCACUCAAAGACGUCCGCCUUAUCGAAGGAGCGGACGCCACAUUGACCUGUAGAAUUGCCGGAAGACCAAAGCCUAAGAUUGCUUGGUACAAGAACGGACAGCGCAUCAAGAAGUCAAGCCGUUAUGAAAUCAAAUACACACCUGAUGGCGUGGCCACUCUGAAGAUUCGCGUCUUGCUCCCAGAAGAUGGCGGCCAUUACACGAUUCUGGCUGUCAAUUCUGGAGGUAAAGACACAUGUUCCAGCCGGCUGUUUGUUGACCAGAUCGGAAGCAUCGAUGCCACGUCAUUCGUCGGUGCAGACACACUGGAGAAAAUCCAACAGCGUGAUGCAUUGCGAGGUCGUAAAGGCCCCGAGGAUGAGGGUGGCAUUUUUGAAACCAACUUCCCACCGAUUUUCAAGAAAAUCCCAGAUGACGAGGAAGCGACUGAAGGUACAAUGGUUCGCUUUGACUGUCUUGUGUCAGGACGACCCAUGCCAGAGUUUACCUGGUUCAGAGACGGCAUUCAAGUCCAUGAUGAUGAUAUUCACAAGAUUGUUGUCAAUGAAGAUGGAAUCCACUCGCUGAUCAUCAUGUCCGUGGCCAAGUCUGACACUGGACAUUACACCUGUCAUGCUCAGAACAAAGCUGGAGAAGCCAGCUUCAAUGUGAAUCUUAAUGUCUUGGGUAAGCCCAAACCUCAGAUCCCCAGGAUUACGGCUAAGACCCAGAACCAGGCCGUGCGGGAAGGUCAGCCCGUGACCUUCACCUGCAAGGCUGAGGGUUACCCACCUCCCAUGAUCAGCUGGCAGAAAGACGGCAAGAUGAUCACCUCUAGUCCCGAUUACAGGAUUGAGGAUGAUGGUUGUGGUGGCUCCACACUGACAAUCUCAGCAGCUAAGGCCUCAGACAAUGCCUGGUUCCAGUGUACAGUAGUUAACAUCGCUGGCACCGCCUCUUGCAGGAGCAGGCUUGAUGUCCAAGUUACUGAUCACAGACCUGCUCCAGAGAAACCAUUGCCUAAAGGCAAAGUCAAACCUAAAGGCGGAUCUCCUCCUCAUUAUGAGAUCCAGGAGCUGGGUCCGGUACAGCAGAUUGGAUACGCCUCAGAAACAGAGCGCGGUGUUGUGCGACUCAUUUCUGAUGAGGAAGAGGAGCCCAGGCCAAAGCCGACUGCGCCCACAGAAAAAAUUACACCUUCAGCUGCAAAGCCCGCUGCAAAACCACAGCCACCUAAAGUGCAGCCAAUGAAGCCGCCACCACCACCUGCUAGAGAACUGUCACCUAAACCUUACAUCGUCGAGGAGCCAAUCACAUCAGACGAGGAUCGACCCUACCGGUUCCCCAGUGUUGCGAAAGCCAAGAAGCUUUUUGACCGAGGAGAGCCUUUACCUCCUCCCGGAAAACAGAUCACGGUCGAGCAUUUCACAACGGAUUACACGGAUGACGAGGAGCCGUACAUUCCUCCAACGGUGGCUGAAGCCAAACUGUUAUUCAGUGGUGCUGCACCACCACCACCUGCAACUGCACCCAAGCCUAAGGCACCACCAAAACAGCCCGCCUUUGAGAGAAUGGAGCCAGAAAAAGUGGCUCCACCCAAAGCUGCCAAGCCUAAGGCUCAGCCAGAACCUGUUCCACAACGAAGACCAGGAGAAGUCAGCUACGAGAUACAGGAAGAAGGACCAGUCCAGCAGAUCUCCUAUGUGACAGAGAAGGAGAAAGGACUUCUGAGGCUCAUACAUCCUGAUGAGGCACCCAUGCAAAGAUCUGAGAUUAAGAUUCCAUUUGAACCUCAGCCUGUGCCUCCAUUUGAACCUGUGUCAUUUACCAUCAAACCAAAAGAGUUCAAGCCUGUGCCUGCCCCGGCCCCUGCUCCCGCACCUAAGUGGGAGCCAAAGAAGGCGGAGUUCUAUGUCCCGCCCCCUCCACCCCCGGAGCCAAGCAUUAUACCAUCUGCGGCCACGCCUAAAAAGGCGCCUGUGCCCCCACCACCUAAACCUAAGCCCAUGCGGCAGGUCGCCCCCGAACAGCCACCCCCACAGGUGGCCAAGGCCCCUGUCCCACCUCCUGUCUCACCUAAACCCAAACGUAAGGCAGAAAAACCAUGGACGCCCGAAACAAGCUACGUGGCACAAGUCGUCAAGGAGCAGGACAAAAGCUUAGAAGAUGAGGACAGAGAGCGGGCCCUUCAGGCAUACAUCCAGCGUGAAGGUGUCGCCCCUGAGCCGGAAGACCUCUUUGACAAACACAACCCACGACCUCCAAAGUUCAAGACACAGAUCCGUGACUUGCCAGAUCUGAAUGAGAAUGACUCGGCCCACUUCGAGUGCCGUCUGGUCCCGAUUGGCGAUCCCACCAUGAAGAUCGAGUGGUUCCGAAACGGAGAGCCCAUGGUUCAUGGCCAUCGUUUCAAGCCAAUGUACGACUUUGGCUUUGUUACCAUGGAUAUCCUGUACACAUACGCAGAGGAUUCUGGUGAAUAUCUCUGCAGGGCAACCAAUCAAGUGGGAGAAGACAUCACGCGAGCUUCCAUUCAGUGCAAGGGUAAGAUUGGAGUCAUCACAGAGACCCAGUUACCAGACGGAAUAGAACAUGUUCAGAAACUUCAACAGCUUGAGGCAUACAAGAGCCAAAUCACCAUGGAGCAGCGUGUGAUUGAAGAGCCUCAGAUCCAGUGCCCGCCCACUAUUGACCUUCAGCUAGAACCGGUCGAGACCGGCGAGGGAGAACCCGCCAAGUUCAUGGUCAAGGUCGGAGGUCAUCCCCGUCCUCGAGUGACCUGGUGGGUCAAUGGCAGUCUCAUCGUCACGGGGUCAAGAUUCAAGCUGUCUUAUGAUGGCAUGAUCCACUACCUGGAGAUCCCUAGAUGCCGAGAAUAUGACCAAGGUCAAAUCAGGGUCGUUGCUAGGAAUCCAUUCGGUGAGGCGGAGCACAGCACAUCGCUUACCGUAUUACCGAGGGAAGACUGGCGUGCCCGAUUGAAGCAAGCCCCUAAAGGAGAGCUUGUCAUCGAACUCGAGAGACGAAAGAAACUGGAGCUUCGGUCCGUUGAACUUGACACGGCUCUUCAUAAACCUAAACCCACAUACCUCGAACUGAAACACCUGGAGAAAGGACCUGUGGUCCACGAUGAAGAACGGGAACACGUGGAGAGAGUCUACCACACGGUUCACACCCAUCUCAAGCACCCACUACCGGCCUUUGAGCUGCGGGUCACACCCACCACUAGAUCAGAGACAACCACAACCAUUGAGCAUGCUCAGCGUGUGGAUAUCACGUCUGAUGAGCGUUAUCGUAUCGGUGAGAUGCCACAGCCUGAGAGGCGUGAACCUCCAGUCUUCACCAAACCACUCAGACCAAUGAGAGUUGUGGAAGGCAAACCUGUGACGUUAAAGGUAGAAUUCUCAGGGUACCCAUCACCUAUCAUUACGUGGUACCGUGAUAGUUUUGAGAUUCAGCCCAGCCCAGACUUCCAGAUAACAACCACCCAGACAACAAGCACCAUGCACAUCCCUGAAGUCUUCCCAGAAGACACUGGGAUGGUGACCGUGAAGGCGUACAACAAGAAUGGCCAGACUCAGUGCAAGGCCAAGCUCACUGUUGUUGAAGAAGACAUAACUGAGCGAGACACACCGCCUGAGUUCCGUCGUCUCACGCGUGACACCAAGGUUGUACUGGGAGAACCUGCCACGUUUGACUGCCAGGUAUCUGGUAAACCAAAGCCUGAGGUCUACUGGACCAAGGAUGGUAAACGGAUAACUGAGAGCAGCCGCUGGAAGUUCAUUGAGGAGAACGAUCGCUACACUCUCCUGAUCUAUGAAGUUCAGCGUGAAGAUGUCGGCCAGUAUGCCUGUGUCUCUAUUAACACUGUUGGCAAGACGACAUGCACGGCAAGACUCUUUGUGGAAAUUCCCCAGCAGCCCCCGGAGGAGACACGAGCAGCACCACAGAUCGACGCUGUCAUUGAGAAGCCUGUUGUCGUUGAACAGCCCCAGAGUCGGGAUGUGGAGGAAGGGGAACUAGUCAGAUUUACAUGUCGCAUCAUGGGAUCACCACCCCCACAGGUGCUUUGGUAUGUCAAUAACCAAGUUGUGAAACCGUCCAAGUAUUUCCGUAUGGAAUCAACCCUGGACGGAUACCAUACUCUGACGAUCCAGGAAGCCUUCCCAGAAGACACUGGGCUUUACCGCUGCACCGCACGGAACCAGGCCGGAGAGGUCUCCUGUCAGGCCUACCUCAAAGUCCACGGCACUGAGAGCGAAUCAGAACCUGCCCAGGCAGAGGUUCCUGCCCAGCCGCCAUCUUUUGUCAAGCCAAUCUCCAACACGCUAGUUGUAGAGGGCAGCCCGGCACGCUUCGAGGCUGUUUUCACUGGUAUGCCAGCCCCAGAAAUAACAUGGCUGAAAAAUGGAGAGAUCAUCACAGACUCCAGAGACUUCAAGAUUGACAGACUAGGAAGCACGACAACAUUAUCUGUACGAGAAGCCUUCCCAGAAGACAGCGGUUUAAUCACAUGUAGCGCCCGAAACCCGCUAGGAACUGUCGAGUGUUCCGCAGAAUUCUACGUUCAAGAUGAAGAAGAGGCACGUAAAAUCACAGAGGCCCAAAUCAUACUUCAGCAGCGUCAGAUCGCCACAGAGGCUGUUCUGAACGUGCCCAGAUCAGAGGAGCUGUAUCGUAUGACUGUACAGCCCCACCCACCCGAGUUUGUCAAGCCUCUCACACCUGUCAUUGAGGUUUUACCUGGUGAAACUGCCAGGCUGGAAGCUGAAAUAUCGGCACUUCCUCCACCAACUGUCACCUGGUACACUAAAGGUAGGGAAAUCAAACCCACGGAACACACACGCAUUGUCCAAGAAGGAAAUACCUUUACCAUGAUCAUCACCAAGGUUACGCAACAUGACGUGGGAGAGUACAUUCUGCGCGUGAAGAAUGAACUGGGAGAGGCUACCUGCAAAACGACACUUCUUCUUAAAGGCCCACAGAAAGUUCUCGAGCUUCGUCCCGAGCCUGAUGUGACACAGGACGUGACAGUGACAAAGACCGUGACGCGUACAGAGACUGAGUACCACACUGUCACUCAGGACAUCCAACCCAUCAUCAAGCGUCCACUGGAACCAGAGAUCGUCGUGCGUGAGAGGGGAACUGCCAUACUUGAAUGUGAAGUAGAUGCCUACCCCCCACCGACUGUCACAUGGUACGUGAAUGGUGUGGAAAUCAAACCAUCCCCACGUUACCAUAUCACUCAGGAAGAAAGUAAAACCAAGCUGGAAAUCCAAGAGGUGCAACCUUCUGACAGUGGUGAAUACACCUGCAAGGUCAUUACAGAGGUCGGUGAGGCAGUCACAACAACUACGCUUCGUGUCACAGAGACAAUUGAGGAGACAGUUGAGAGACAUGAAGAACUUCAACCGCCGAGUUUUGUCAAACCUUUAACUCCGUUACAAGCCGUGACAGGGUCAGAGGUCAAAAUGACCUGCCAAGUUAUUGGUCAGCCAAUGCCUGAGCUCUCUUGGUUCCAAAACAAAGUCUGCAUCGACCAAUCAGAGGAAAUUGUGAUUACUUAUGACACUACGACAGGCGAAGCUAGCUUGCGUAUCCCUGAAGUGUACCCAGAAGACCAGGGCCUUUACUCUUGUGUGGCAACCAACCCAGCUGGAAAAGCAACAACAACUGCCAAUAUUAUCGUAUCCAAGGAAACUGUCACCAUGGAGAUGACAACGACAAAAUCUGUUGAGACAUCGGCCGUUGAAUCCGAAUUUGUGAUCAAGGCGUCCGAGGAACAAAUGGCAGUUGAGGAAUCUAUUGAGCGCAAGGAAAAGCCAAAAACAGAGGAACCAGUUCCGGAAGGCUGGGAGAAGGUGGAACAGCCUGAGGAAGUGGUUUUGGAGAAAAUGCCAAUAGAACCCAUUGACAUCGGCCCAACUGAGCCCCAGGGAGAGGUUGUGGAGGAAAAAGAAAUCACUCCUGAGAGGAAAGAGAAAGGUGAAAUAGUGGUUAAGUUCCCAGAAGAAAAACCAACAGCCGAACAGAUCUCAGAGGUAACUCAGGUUGAAACUUUUGUCACAGAGCGAGAAUCGAUUUCAGAGACGUCUCGCACAGUCAUCCAGGAAUUUGAAGUUGGUGAGGAUGUGGCCAUCACAGACAGCACUGCUGUGGAGGUUGUGAUACAGACGCAGCCAGAAGCUCCAGAGACGAAGGAAACUGGCACAGAACCCGUUCCCAAAAUGACCAGCGAAAUCGGUGUCGAUGCCAUGGAGCUGAAAGCAGAAACCACAGAGAUGGGAACUGUUACAGAAACGACAGAAAUGGAAGUCCAGCCAGAACCGCAGCCAGAAGCUGUCGAGGUCAGAGAGGAACUUGUCGUUCAGAUUCCUCCGAGCAUUCCCGAGCAGAAGACUGGCGAGAUGGUUGAGUCCACAUUCGAACUCCCAGCUGAAGCCCCUGAAGAAAUGGAAGUGAUGCCCGCCCAGCCUGAGGAAGUCGUUCAAGAGGUCACAGUCGAAACUGCCGAAAUCAGGACUGAAACUCAGGAGACAGAAGCUCCCCAAGAAUUUGUCGAGGAAAUGCUUGUUCAGAUUCCACCCAAAGAGGAGAGUCCUGCUCAAGCACCCCAAGAAGAAACUGUCACUGAGUCUGUUGAAGAAGUUACUGUCCAGACAACUGAGGAGGUAACCAGUGAAACUGUGACUUUUGAAACUGAAAUAGAAGGAGAAAUUCAACCAAUGGAAACUGUUGAGACUGUUAUCCAAAUUGGGAAAGAAGAGCAAGUCCCACAAGAGGAAUCUGCUCCGAUGGAAGAAGUUUCUGGUACCUUUGUCAUUGAUGCUCUUCAAAGUCAAGAAGAAAUCGAGACAGAAACAAUUGAAGCUCCGGAAUCACAAGAAAUCGAGCUGCAGUUGGCACCAGUUACUGAAGUCGGAGAACAGACUGUUACUGAAACAAUCACGCUGACAACAGAGGAAGAGGAAGUCACUGCCGAAGAACAAGAAGUCGAAGACACCACCACCGUUGAAAGCGAGUUCACAAUCACAAUGGAGGGUUCAACGGAAUCCCUCGAAGCUGCACCAGAGGAAGCCCCAGAAUUUGUUGAAAUGCUUCAGCCGCAGAGGGUGAAAGACGGUGAAAGAGUGACCAUGACGUGUAGAGUCAUUGGGACGCCUUUCCCAGAAAUCACCUGGCAGCAUGAUGAAGAGAUAAUCACAGAGGGUUCUGACUUCGAAGUCAUCACAGAGACGGAAACCGGCAUUUGUAAACUGGUGAUCAUCGAGGUGUUCCCAGAAGAUGCAGGGACCAUUAUCUGUAAAGCAGUGAAUCCGUUUGGUGAAGCUGUUACUACAGCAACACUUGUUGUUGAAGACACAGAAGAGACCACUGAGACAACCGAAACUACAACCACAGAAACGGUGACCUUGGUUCAAGAGGAAGUUGAUGGAGAGGUCUCUGUGACGGAGUCGCACACGUCUAGCGUGGAAAUGUCCCCAACCUUCAUCAAACAACUUCUGCCCUCAUUAGAGGUUAAAGAAGGAGAAACAGCUAGACUGGAGGUAGAACUUCAAGGUCAGCCAGAACCAUCAUUUUCUUGGCACAAGAACCAGGUAGAACUCUUGCCAACACCUCAUGUGGAGAUGAUACAUGACAAACAGACAUAUGUUCUCGUGAUCAUUGACGCCAAAGUGGAAGACACAGCAGAGUACACCUUCAAGGCAGAGAACACCCUGGGACAAAUCACCUGUACAACCACACUCACUGUCACUCCAAUUGAACGCAUGGAGAUUGAAAUAGAAGAAAGCCGUGAGCCUGAAACAUCGUCAGAUGCAAGGCCACAGCCUGAGGAAUCUGCAAAACCUUCAAAGCCUGAGCAGACCACCCCAGAGGGGCCCGUUCAGCAAGACACCCCUCCCUCCCCGGAGGAAGCCACAGAACCCAAAGUUCCCCAAGCUCCAGAACCUACUCAGCCAACAGAGGGUGCUGUGCCACCAGAAUUCACCACACUUCUUUACCCGCAGACGGUGAAGGAUGGAGAACGUGUGACCUUCCACGUCAUGUACCACGGUAUCCCCAGCCCCAACAUCACCUGGUUUCAUGAUGGUGUGGAAGUCACGCACUCAGCAGAUUUCCAGAUCACCAUCGAUGCUGAGAAGGGCGAGAGCUAUCUCAUCAUCGUGGAGGUAUUCCCGGAGGAUGAAGGAGAAUACACUUGUCACGCCGCUAAUUUUGUAGGGGAAACCAUGACUACCUGCCGACUCACUGUACAAUCCUCUUACAUGAGUGAGGGACCGUCGGAUGUCUCCUCAGAUGAGAUUCACACGGAGACGAUAGAGAUUUCCAAACGACCUGAAGUUGUCCCCAUGGAACAGUUAGUGGAGAUUCCAGAGUCCAAGCAGUUUUCUGAAACCAUCGAAGUGGACACUAAGCCCAAGGAAGAGACUGUGGAGCUUAGAUUUGGAUUCCAGGAGGCACAGGCCGUGACUGAGGAAACCAAAACGGUAACCACUGUUGUGUCAGAAGAAACCACUGUAGAUGAGAGUUCCAAUGUUGUCGGUCAGCAAAUCCAGGUGACCCCUCAGGUACAAGCUGAAGAGAGGCAUUCUGAAACUAUCGAGAUUGUCAAGGAGAAGCAGCCUGAGGAAGUGGAAAUUCAGUUCAGUUUGCCACAGGAAGCUCCUGAGGAGCAACCUGAAUCUGUAGAAGUCAGUCACCAGAGAAUUGAGGUGGAAAUCAAGGAGAUUGUUCCAGAAGGUGCCCCUCAGACGGCUGAAAUUGUCAUCCCUGUUAGUCAAGUCAGUGAAACUGUUAUUCACAUGACCAAAACUGAAGAAACCACAGAGGAAGAGGUAGAAGAAACCGUGGAAAAGAAGAAACAAGAAGUCAGCAUCCAAUUGCAACCAAAAACACAAAUUUCAGAAGAGACAGAAGUGAAGGUAUCAGAGACAUGGGUACCUGCCCCAGAGCAGCCUCAAGAAGUUACUGAAAGGUCUCAGAUUGUCAUCAAGCAGACAGAGGUUGAGGUUCAUAAGCAAGAGGUGGUUGUUGAUGUUACCACAGAAGAAACCAUUGAGCAAUCCUCUGAAUCAACUGAAGAAUAUCAGGAAGUUUCUGAAUGCUUUGCCGAAGAGAUGCCUGAAGAAGUAGAGGAAACUCUGGAAGGAGCUAUUGAAGAAGUGCCCACUGCACCCGAAGAAACAACUGAGAUCAGAGAAGUGCCUGAAGAAUUACCUCAGGUUGAAGAAACUUUGAAAGAACAUAUUGAGGAAACUCCAGAUGUGGAAGCAAAGGCCCCUGAGGAAAUUCCUGAACAACCUGCAGUUGAUGAAGUCACUGAAGUAUCCCCUGAAGUAAGUGAGUUUGCUCAGGAAGUUGCGGAAGAAAUUCUAAAAGAAGUUGUUCAAGUUGCCCCAGAAGAUGUCAGUGAAGUCCCUGAAGAGAAACCAGCUGAAGUGGAAGAAGUUUCUGAAGGUCUUCCCCAUGUUCCUGAAGAAGCUGUUCAACCAGAAGUUGAGGAAAUACCAGCAGAAGUCUCUGAGGUUGCUCCUGAAGAAGAAACAGCAGUGUCUGAAGACAUGCCUGAGGAAAUCAUGGAAACUGUUCAAGAAGUUCAUGAGGAAACCACAGAAGUGGUAUCUGAAGUUGUGGAAGAAGCAGUCCAGGAUGUGACAGAGGAACAACCACCUAAAGAAGCAGUUGUGGAAGAAGCUCCUUCAGAAAUUCCUGAAGAAUCUCCUGAAGAAGUAAGUCAAGUCACCGAAGAUAUUGCUGAAGAAAUCACAGAAGAAACUUUAGAACAGGUUGCAGAGAAAAUUUUGGAGGAAGAGGCUGAGGCCCCAGUUGUCAUUUCUGAAGAAACUAGAGAAGAAACCGUUGAGGUUUCUGCGGAUGUCACAGACUUUGCUGAAGAAAUGGCGGAAGAGAUAAUUAAAGACAUUGCCGAGGAAGCUCCUCAAGAGAUCUCUCAAGCUCCGGAAGCACCAGAAGAACAGCCUGAAGAAGCAGCUGUUCUUCCAGAAGAAAUGCCUGAGACAAAAGAAAUUGUUGAAAUGGAAAUACCAGCUCCCACCCAACCCCAGGAAAUCACAGAGCGAGCACAGAUUGUUGUGGAGAAAGCAGAGGUGUCUUCCAUUGAGAUGCAGAUGACUGCUGAAGAUGAAGAUGAAACAUUCAGAGAGGAAAUGAUCCUUGAUAUUCAAGGAAAGCCCUUGGAAGAAGUGGAACUGACUGUCCAGGUUGACAAAGAAGCAGUUGAAGAAGUUGUGGAGGACACACACAUCAGCGAGGUGGUCAUAGACAAAGACUAUGUUGAAGCUGAGGAGACUCACAGAGAGGAACUUAUCCUGGACAUAUCAGGUCAGCCUCAAGAGGAGAUUGAGAUUGAUAUCCCAGCUCCUGAGGUUACUGAGACUGUGGAAGAAACGGUAACCUCACAGAUAGAGAUGGAAUUCGAGGAAGAAGUUGAAGAAGAGGAAACCCACCGUCAGGAACUGACGAUAGAAUUAGCAGGGAAGCCUAAGGCACCUGAAAAAGUUCAGAUGACCAUCCAGAUACCUCAGCAGCAACCCGAAGAAGAAGUUGUCAUAGAGCAGCCAGAAGAAGAGAAAAAGUCUGAAUCACCAGAAAAACAACCGUCGCCCGAACAAGAGGAGUUUGAAGAAGCCCCGGAGGGCAAGGCUCCAGAAUUCAUCUUUAAUUUGACCAGCAUCAAGGUCAUGGAUGGGGAAGAAGUGAAGUUCCGAUGUGAAGUCACAGGAAUCCCCAUGCCAGACAUCACAUGGUAUCACGACGAAAUGGUUAUCGAAGAGAAUCAAGACUUUAGCAUGACCUAUGAUAGAGAGACUGGAAUCUGUACUCUGCUCAUCGUGGAAGUCUUCCCUCAAGACAAAGGAGAAUACCGAUGUGUUGCUGUCAAUGAGUUCGGGGAGGCCAUCUCCAGAGAUAUCCUCGAAGUUGAGUCAUAUGAAUAUGUUCCCGACAGUGAAGAGGCUUCUACCGACGCUCUAUCACCAAAAGUUGUUUCCGAAGAAUCAGAUGCCGAAUUACAAGUCACAACAAAAGAAGUUGUUGUUGGCAUGGAAAAAGUUCAAGAACAGAUUGAGAUCGAGGAAACUGAAGAGAGAUUGAUGAGCGAAUUGGUUGUCUCUCCUACUCCUCAGGCGGAAGCUCUACCUGAGGAAGGAACCGCCGAGGAUAUCACCCAAGCUCAGUUGUAUCAAGUGGAGGGUCUUGAAGCUGAACAGCCUGAGCAGAUCACAGAAACUCAAUCUCUGGAAUUCCACGUUGGGGAGGAGGUGCAAAUGGUAGUGCAACCAGAUUUAGAGGAAGUCACUCCAGAAACAGAAUACACGGGUGAAGUCAUUGAGGAAACUUCAGAUCUGGAAGGUGCAAUUCAAGAACAAGAGACAGAGACUCUUGCCGAGAUAUCUGCUGGAGCUGCCGAGGAAACUCAAGUUACGGAGGUGGUCGAAGAAGUUUCAGAAGUGGGACAGACUGAAGAAGUGACAGCUGAACUUGAACAAGCUGCACCAGAAGAAGAAGUUGAAACACAGGUUGAAAUCGCUGAACAAGUUGAGGAACAACCUGAUGUUACAGAAGUGGUUGAAGAAGUUUCAGAAGUGGGACAGACUGAAGAAGUGACAGCUGAUCUUGAACAAGCUGCACCAGAAGAAGAAGUUGAAACACAGGCAGAAAUCGCUGAACAAGUUGAAGAACAGCCUGAAGUUACAGAAGUGGUUGAAGAAGUUUCAGAAGUGGGACAGGCUGAAGAAGUGACAGCAGAUCUUGAACAAGCUGCACCAGAAGAAGAAGUUGAAACACAGGCAGAAAUCACUGAACAAGUUGAAGAACAGCCUGAAGUUACAGAAGUGGUUGAAGAAGUUUCAGAAGUGGGCCAAACUGAAGAAGUGACAGCUGAUCUUGAACAAGCUGCACCAGAAGAAGAAGUUGAAACACAGGUUGAAAUCGCUGAACAAGUUGAAGAACAGCCUGAAGUUACAGAAGUGGUUGAAGAAGUUUCAGAAGUGGGACAGACUGAAGAAGUGACAGCUGAUCUUGAACAAGCUGCACCAGAAGAAGAAGUUGAAACACAGGCAGAAAUUACUGAACAAGUUGAAGAACAGCCUGAAGUUACAGAAGUGGUUGAAGAAGUUUCAGAAGUGGGCCAAACUGAAGAAGUGACAGCUGAUCUUGAACAAGCUGCACCAGAAGAAGAAGUUGAAACACAGGCAGAAAUUGCUGAACAAGUUGAGGAACAGCCUGAAGUUACAGAAGUGGUUGAAGAAGUUUCAGAAGUGGGACAGACUGAAGAAGUGACAGCUGAACUUGAACAAGCUGCACCAGAAGAAGAAGUUGAAACACAGACAGAAAUCGCUGAACAAGUUGAAGAACAGCCUGAAGUUACAGAAGUGGUUGAAGAAGUUUCAGAAGUGGGACAGACUGAAGAAGUGACAGCUGAACUUGAACAAGCUGCACCAGAAGAACAAGUUGAAACACAGGCAGAAAUCGCUGAACAAGUUGAGGAACAGCCUGAAGUUACAGAAGUGGUUGAAGAAGUUUCAGAAGUGGGACAGACUGAAGAAGUCACAGUUGAUCUUGAACAAGCUGCACCAGAAGAAGAAGUUGAAACACAGGUUGAAAUCGCUGAACAAGUUGAGGAACAACCUGGUGUUACAGAAGUGGUUGAAGAAGUUUCAGAAGUGGGCCAAACUGAAGAAGUGACAGCAGAUCUUGAACAAGCUACACCAGAAGAAGAAGUUGAAACACAGGCAGAAAUCGCUGAACAAGUUGAGGAACAGCCUGAAGUUACAGAAGUGGUUGAAGAAGUUUCAGAAGUGGGACAGACUGAAGAAGUGACAGCUGAACUUGAACAAGCUGCACCAGAAGAAGAAGUUGAAACACAGGCAGAAAUAGCCGAACAAGUUGAGGAACAACCUGAUGUUACAGAAGUGGUUGAAGAAGUUUCAGAAGUGGGACAGACUGAAGAAGUGACAGCAGAUCUUGAACAAGCUGCACCAGAAGAAGAAGUUGAAACACAGGUUGAAAUCGCUGAACAAGUUGAGGAACAGCCUGAAGUUACAGAAGUGGUUGAAGAAGUUUCAGAAGUGGGACAGACUGAAGAAGUGACAGCAGAUCUUGAACAAGCUGCACCAGAAGAAGAAGUUGAAACACAGGCAGAAAUCGCUGAACAAGUUGAGGAACAGCCUGAAGUUACAGAAGUGGUUGAAGAAGUUUCAGAAAUGGGACAGACUGAAGAAGUGACAGCUGAUCUUGAACAAGCUGCACCAGAAGAAGAAGUUGAAACACAGGUUGAAAUCGCUGAACAAGUUGAAGAACAGCCUGAAGUUACAGAAGUGGUUGAAGAAGUUUCAGAAGUGGGCCAAACUGAAGAAGUGACAGCUGAUCUUGAACAAGCUGCACCAGAAGAACAAGUUGAAACACAGACAGAAAUCACUGAACAAGUUGAAGAACAGCCUGAAGUUACAGAAGUGGUUGAAGAAGUUUCAGAAGUGGGACAGACUGAAGAAGUGACAGCUGAACUUGAACAAGCUGCACCAGAAGAAGAAGUUGAAACACAGGCAGAAAUUGCUGAACAAGUUGAGGAACAGCCUGAAGUUACAGAAGUGGUUGAAGAAGUUUCAGAAGUGGGCCAAACUGAAGAAGUGACAGCUGAUCUUGAACAAGCUGCACCAGAAGAAGAAGUUGAAACACAGGCAGAUAUCGCUGAACAAGUUGAGGAACAGCCUGAAGUUACAGAAGUGGUUGAAGAAGUUUCAGAAGUGGGACAGACUGAAGAAGUGACAGCUGAUCUUGAACAAGCUGCACCAGAAGAACAAGUUGAAACACAGGCAGAAAUAGCCGAACAAGUUGAGGAACAGCCUGAUAUCUCUGAUGUAGUGGAAGAAACCCCUCAGGAUGUCAGUAUUGCUGAGAUUGAAGCCGUGGAAGAAAGACCGAUUGAGGAAGAAGUGGUUUCCAAGGAAAUCCCUGAGGAAAUAGAAUCAUUUGCAUCCGAGUUAACAACACAGCUUAUUUCAGAAAGCAAGGAACAGUUUGUGAGUGAAGUCGCCUUAGACACGCACAGGUCUGAGGUGUCGCUAGAAAUUCAACAAGAAACACAACGUGAAGAAAUUGAACUGGAGAUUUCUGUUCACAAAGAAGAGGAAACUGUAGAAGAAGAGGAAACUAUAGAAGAAGAAGAGGUUGUGCAAGAGAUCAUGGAAGAAGAAGUUGAAGAAACCCAAGAAGGUCCGGAUAGUCAACCAGAAGUUGUUGAACUGGAGAUAGCGCCAACUGACACAGAGACUAUAACAACAUAUCGUCAAACUUUGAAAAUAACAACGCAGCAACAAGUUAUAGAGGAAGAAGACACGAUUAAAGAAGAUGAAACAUUUAGAGAGGAGAUUGAGGUUCAGCCAGAAACACAACCUGAAAUGGUGGAAUUUGAGGUAUCUCCAAUGCAACCAGAAACGGUUGAGUCCUACAGACAGACUCUUGAAAUCACUACAAAAUCUGAAGAAACAACUGAAUCGUUUGAAGGUGAUGAGUUCAGGGAAGAGGUGGAAAUUGAAAUUGCUCCAACACAACCUGAGACUGAAGUGACAUUCAAGCAGACUUUAGAAAUUAAACAGGAGUCUGAAGAAGAGAUAGUUGUGGAAGAAGAGGAACAAGCUGAAGACGAAACUUUCAGAGAAGAAGUUGAACUGCAACCCCAGCCACAAACUCAAAUCGUGGAAAUGGAGAUUGCUCCAACUCAGCCUGAAACAGAAGUCACAUUCAGACAAACACUUGACAUUUCUCAGAAAACUGAAGAAGAGAUAGUUGUUGAAGAAGAGGAAGAAGCUGCAGAAGAAACUUUCCGAGAAGAAGUUGAACUGCAACCCCAGCCACAAACACAGGUCGUGGAAAUGGAGAUUGCUCCAACUCAGCCUGAAACAGAAGUCACAUUCAGACAAACACUUGACAUUUCUCAGAAAACUGAAGAAGAGAUAGUUGUUGAAGAAGAGGAAGAAGCUGCAGAAGAAACUUUCCGAGAAGAAGUUGAACUGCAACCCCAGCCACAAACACAGGUCGUGGAAAUGGAGAUUGCUCCAACUCAGCCUGAAACAGAAGUCACAUUCAGACAAACACUUGACAUUUCUCAGAAAACUGAAGAAGAGAUAGUUGUUGAAGAAGAGGAAGAAGCUGCAGAAGAAACUUUCCGAGAAGAAGUUGAACUGCAACCCCAGCCACAAACACAGGUCGUGGAAAUGGAGAUUGCUCCAACUCAGCCUGAAACUGAAGUUACAUUCAGACAAACUUUAAAGAUAACCCAACAAACAGAAGAAGUGGAGGAAGAGGAAGAACAAGCUUCCAAGGAAACCUUCAAAGAGGAAGUUGAAAUCCAACCCGAGCAGCAACCAGAGGUUGUUGAAAUCGAAUUUGCACCAAGUCAGCCAGAGGAGACUAGUGUUGAAUCAUCUGUCACAGUAAGCAAGGAAGUGAGUGAAGAGGUAAAGGUUACGGAAGAAGUGAUUGAAUCGGAAGAAGAAAGCGAAACACGUCCUCCAGUCGAGGAGGUGAUUGAAACUGUUCGUCCUACAAUCACAAGAGUAAAAUCUGACGAAUUUCCAGAAGAUGUAUUUGAGGAAACGCUGGAAAUCCAAUGCCUACCUCCAUCUCAGGAACUCAUAACGUUUACCAGGUCCUACAUUAUCUGUGACAAGAAACGGCUUAGUGUGGAAUUUCCGGAAGAGACGGAAGAGGCUGCAGAAGUCAUGGAAGUUCUUGUUCCUGAAGAAGAAGAGGAGGAAGAAGAAAUCCUCUUGGAUUCUGAGCCGGUCGCUGUGGAAAUGGAGGAAUCACAAGAAGAGUUGGUCGUGGAAGAAAUUCCUGUCGACAAAUCAGCAGAAAUCCAACAGAUCUCAACUGUGGAAGUCGCUGUGGAAAAGGCUGAGGAGGAGGUGACUGAAGUGUCCACAGUGGAAACUGCUGAACAAGAGGUCACUGUCCAAACUACGGAGGUUGAAAUGGUCAUAGGUCCUAAGGAUCAGCCAGAAGUGUCCACAUUGGACAUUGUACCCGUCCAGAAGGAGGAGGCCGCUCCCGAAACAGAGGUUACAGAGGUGAGCUCAUUGGAACAGCAGAUCGAAGAGGAAAGAGAAGUGGUCACCGUGGGAAUGGAGUUUGAAAAAUCAGAAGAGGUUACAGAAAAAACUGAAGUGACUUCAAUGCAGAUCCAAAUUGGACAGCAGAAACCAACACAGCCGUCUGAAAUCGAGAUGGUGGUUCAAAUUCCGGAAGAAUCCCCUGAGGAGAAACCGGAGGCCCCGUCCUUCACGAAACCGCUUGAAGACGACAUCACACUGACAGAGACUGAGACUAUGAAGUUAGAGGUUCACUUUACGGGAACCCCGGCUCCAGAAGUCACCUGGUACAUGGAUGACCGUGUGAUUAAACCCGAAGAGGAAGACUUCGAAGUCAUCGUGGAGAAGGACUACAGUGCUCUCAUCAUGGAGGACCUGAUGGUGGAAGAUGAAGGUGAAUACACGGUCAAGCUGGAAAACAUCGCCGGAUACAGUGUCUCCACAGCCUACAUUACUGUACUUCCUCUGUCCGCCAGUGAGGAGUCAGAACAAGAGCUUGUGGAAUCAAAAGAAGAAAUCUUUGAGGCGAAAGAAGAAAUCGAAAUCCAAGAAGAAACUGUUGUGGAGGAAACACACAAGACUGAAGUGGACAUUGAAAUAAAGAGUGAAAAAGGACCAGAGUUGCCUUUAGAAGAAGAACUCCCGAGUGCCCCUGAGGCGCCCCGGUUCACUCAGAACCUUCAGCACCGUACUGUGUUUGAGGGAAUGUCCGCCAUCUUUGAGUGUGUCGUCACAGGACAGCCAGCUCCUACCAUCACCUGGUAUCAGGAUGGUGUCGUUAUCACUCCAAGCGAUCAUUUCGUUAUCGACUUGCAAGAUGGCGUCUGCACAUUGAUCAUCCCUAACGUCCAUGAAGACGAUGAGUCGGAGUUCAUGUGUGAAGCGAAGAACGAAGCUGGCGUGGCGACCACUUGGGCUGAACUAAUCCUAGAAAAACCUGAAAUUCCUGAAGAAACCGAAACUGUCCGAGUGACACAGGAAAUCAAAAUCACCCAGGAAACAGAAGAAGUCACUGAAGUUGAAGAAGAAGUGACGGAGCAGGAGAUUCCCACAGAAAAAUUACCCGAGGAGCUUCAGCCCAGUUUAGAAGAACUACCUGAGACUGAGGCCACGAAAGCUUUUGACGUUUCUGUAGAAACUGUUGAAUCUUCCGUAGAAGAAACUGCAACCACAGAUGUACAGAAAACUCUCAUCGAAAGUGAGGUUCUGGCAGGGGAGGAACAGAUUUCUGAAGAGGUUGUGUUUGAGCAGCCGGAGAAAGAAGAAGUGCAACCUGAAACUACACAAGAGGAAGAAGUGACAACUGAGGCCGUGGCUGAUUUCCCAGUUGAAGCUGAAACUGCUCCUGAAGAGGUAGUCCCUGAAGACGAACAAAUCGUUGAAACUGAAGUUGAAGAAACUGUUGAAACUACCAUCACAGAGGAGGAAGAUGUGACAGCUGAGGUUGUUGAAGAAACCCCAGUUGAAGCUAAAACAGCUCCUGAAGAAAUAGCCCCUGAAGAAGAACAAGUGGUUGAAACUGAAGUUGAAGGAAGUGUUGAAACCACCAUCACAGAAGAGGAAGUGGUGACAGCCGAGACUGUUGAAGAAACACCAGUUGAGGCUGAAACAGCUCCUGAAGAAGCAGCCCCUGAAGAACAAGUGGUUGAAACUGAAAUUGAAGAAACUGUUGAAACCACCAUCACAGAAGAGCAAGUGGUGACAGCCGAGGUUGUUGAAGAAACCCCAGUUGAAGCUGAGACUGCUCCUGAAGAAGCAGCCCCUGGAGACGAACAAGUGGUUGAAACUGAAAUUGAAGAAACUGUUGAAACUACCGUCACAGAGGAGGAAGAUGUGACAGCUGAGGCUGUUGAAGAAACCCCAGUUGAAGCUGAAACAGCUCCUGAAGAAGCAACCCCUGAAGAAGAACAAGUGGUUGAAACUGAAAUUGAAGAAACUGUUGAAACUACUGUCACAGAGGAGGAAGAUGUGACAGCUGAGGUUGUUGAAGAAACCCCAGUUGAAGCUGAAACAGCUCCCGAAGAAACAGCCCCUGAAGAACAAGUGGUUGAAACUGAAAUUGAAGAGACUGUUGAAACUACCGUCACAGAGGAGGAAGAUGUGACAGCUGAGGUUGUUGAAGAAACCCCAGUUGAAGCUGAAACAGCUCCUGAAGAAGCAGCUCCUGAAGAACAAAUUGUUGAAACUGAAGUUGAAGAAUCUGUUGAAACUACCGUCACAGAGGCGGAAGAUGUGACAGCUGAGGUUGUUGAAGAAACCCCAGUUGAAGCUGAAACAGCUCCUGAAGAAACAGCCCCUGAAGAAGAACAAGUGGUUGAAACUGAAAUUGAAGAAAGUGUUGAAACUACCGUCACAGAGGAGGAAGAUGUGACAGCUGAGGUUGUUGAAGAAACCCCAGUUGAAGCUGAAACAGCUCCUGAAGAAGCAGCUCCUGGAGAAGAACAAAUCGUUGAAACUGAAGUUGAAGAAACUGUUGAAACUACUGUCACAGAAGAGGAAGACGUGACAGCUGAGGCUGUUGAAGAAACCCCAGUUGAAGCUGAGACUGCUCCUGAAGAAGCAGCCCCUAAAGAAGAACAAGUAGUGGAAACUGAAAUUGAAGAAACUGUUGAAACUACCAUCACAGAGGAGGAAGAUGUGACAGCUGAAGCUGUUGAAGAAACCCCAGUUGAAGCUGAGACUGCUCCUGAAGAAGCAGCCCCUGAAGAAGAACAAGUGGUUGAAACUGAAAUUGAAGAAACUGUUGAAACUACCGUCACAGAGGAGGAAGAUGUGACAGCUGAGGUUGUUGAAGAAACCCCAGUUGAAGCUGAAACAGCUCCUGAAGAAGCAGCCCCUGAAGAAGAACAAGUGGUUGAAACUGAAAUUGAAGAAACUGUUGAAACCUCUGUCACAGAAGAGGAAGUGGUGACAGCUGAGGCUGUUGAAGAAACCCCAGUUGAAGCUGAGACUGCUCCUGAAGAAGCAGCCCCUGAAGAAGAACGAGUGGUUGAAACUGAAAUUGAAGAAACUGUUGAAACCACCUCCACAGAAGAGGAAGUGGUAACAGUCGAGGCUGUUGAAGAAACCCCAGUUGAAGCUGAGACUGCUCCUGAAGAAGCAGCCCCUGAAGAAGAACAAGUGGUUGAAACUGAAAUUGAAGAAACUGUUGAAACUACUGUCACAGAGGAGGAAGAUGUGACAGCUGAGGCUGUUGAAGAAACACCAGUCGAAGCUGAAACAGCUCCUGAAGAAACAGCCCCUGAAGAAGAACAAGUGGUUGAAACUGAAAUUGACGAAAGUGUUGAAACCUCUGUCACAGAAGAGGAAGUGGUGACAGCCGUGGCUGUUAAAGAAACCCCAGUUGAAGCUGAGACUCUUCCUGAAGAAGCAGCCCCUGAAGAAGAACAAGUGGUUGAAACUGAAGUUGAAGAAACUGUUGAAACUACCGUCACAGAGGAGGAAGAUGUGACAGCUGAGGUUGUUGAAGAUACCCCAGUUGAAGCUGAGACUGUUCCUGAAGAAGCAGCCCCUGAAGAAGAAGAAGUGGUUGAAACUGAAAUUGAAGAAACUGUUGAAACUACUGUCACAGAGGAGGAAGAUGUGACAGCUGAGGUUGUUGAAGAAACCCCAGUUGAAGCUGAGACUGCUCCUGAAGAAGCAGUCCCUGAAGAAGAACAAGUGGUUGAAACUGAAAUUGAAGAAACUGUUGAAACUACCGUCACAGAGGAGGAAGAUGUGACAGCUGAGGUUGUUGAAGAAACACCAGUUGAAGCUGAAACAGCUCCUGAAAAAGCAGCCCCUGAAGAAGAACAAGUAGUUGAAACUGAAAUUGAAGAAACUGUUGAAACCACCAUCACAGAAGAGGAAGUGGUGACAGCCGAGGCUGUUGAAGAAACCCCAGUUGAAGCUGAGACUGCUCCUGAAGAAGCAGCCCCUGAAGAAGAACAAGUGGUGGAAACUGAAGUUGAAGAAACUGUUGAAACUACCAUCACAGAGGAGGAAGUUGUAACAGCCGAGGCUGUUGAAGAAACACCAGUUGAAGCUGAGACUGCUCCUGAAGAAGCAACCCCUGAAGAAGAACAAGUGGUUGAAACUGAAAUUGAAGAAACUGUUGAAACUACCGUCACAGAGGAGGAAGAUGUGACAGCUGAGGUUGUUGAAGAAACACCAGUUGAAGCUGAAACAGCUCCUGAAGAAGCAGCCCCUGAAGAAGAACAAGUAGUUGAAACUGAAAUUGAAGAAACUGUUGAAACCACCAUCACAGAAGAGGAAGUGGUGACAGCCGAGGCUGUUGAAGAAACCCCAGUUGAAGCUGAGACUGCUCCUGAAGAAGCAGCCCCUGAAGAAGAACAAGUGGUUGAAACUGAAGUUGAAGAAACUGUUGAAACUACCAUCACAGAGGAGGAAGAUGUGACAGCUGAGGUUGUUGAAGAAACACCAGUUGAAGCUGAGACUGCUCCUGAAGAAGCAGCCCCUGAAGAAGAACAAGUGGUUGAAACUGAAAUUGAAGAAACUGUUGAAACCACCACCACAGAAGAGGAAGUUGUGACAGCCGAGGCUGUUGAAGAAACCCCAGUUGAAGCUGAAACAGCUCCUGAAGAAGCAGCCCCUGAAGAAGAACAAGUGGUUGAAACUGAAAUUGAAGAAACUGUUGAAACUACCGUCACAGAGGAGGAAGAUGUGACAGCUGAGGUUGUUGAAGAAACCCCAGUUGAAGCUGAAACAGCUCCUGAAGAAGCAGCCCCUGAAGAAGAACAAGUGGUGGAAACUGAAAUUGAAGAAACUGUUGGAACUACCAUCACAGAAGAGGAAGAUGUGACAGCUGAGGUUGUUGAAGAAACCCCAGUGGAAGCUGAGACUGCUCCUGAAGAAGCAGUCCCUGAAGAAGAACAAGUGGUUGAAACUGAAAUUGAAGAAACUGUUGAAACCACCGUCACAGAGGAGGAAGAUGUGACAGCUGAGGUUGCUGAAGAAACACCAGUUGAAGCUGAAACAGCUCCUGAAGAAACAGCCCCUGAAGAAGAACAAGUGGUUGAAACUGAAAUUGAAGAAACUGUUGAAACUACCGUCACAGUGGAGGAAGAUGUGACAGCUGAGGUUGUUGAAGAAACACCAGUUGAAGCUGAAACAGCUCCUGAAGAAACAGCCCCUGAAGAAGAACAAGUGGUUGAAACUGAAAUUGAAGAAACUGUUGAAACAACCGUCACAGAAGAGGAAGUGGUGACAGCCGAGGCUGUUGAAGAAACCCCAGUUGAAGCUGAGACUGCUCCUGAAGAAGCAGCCCCUGAAGAAGAACAAGUGGUGGAAAUUGAAAUUGAAGAAACUGUUGAAACCACCAUCAAAGAAGAGGAAGUGGUGACAGCUGAGGCUGUUGAAGAAACCCCAGUUGAAGCUGAGACUCUUCCUGAAGAAACAGCCCCUGAAGAAGAACAAGUGGUGGAAACUGAAAUUGAAGAAACUGUUGAAACUACCGUCACAGAGGAGGAAGAUGUGACGGCUGAGGCUGUUGAAGAAACCCCAGUUGAAACUGAAACAGCUCCUGAAGAAGCAGCCCCUGAAGAAGAACAAGUGGUUGAAACUGAAAUUGAAGAAACUGUUGAAACUACCAUAGGGGAAGAGGAAGUUGUAACAGGUGAAGCUGUUGAAGAAAUCCCAGUUGAAGCUGUAACAGCUCCAGAGGAGAUGCCUUUAGAAGAGGAAGUGCCCAUUGAGGAAGUAGAAAUACGUGAAGUGUCUACUGAAAAAGAGGUGGAGGUGAUUAAAGAGGUUCACGAAGUUGGCAUGUCAGCACCGUCUUUCGUUAAAGAGCUGGAGCCUUUAGAGAUACGGGAAGGUGAAUCAGCCACUUUUGAAUGUAAAGUCACCGGUAUUCCACAGCCUGAAAUCGUCUGGCUUCUCGACGGGGAUGUGAUUCAAGACACAACAGUGUAUGACAUAACUGUGACUGACGACGGGACUUGCCGUCUCAUCAUACAGGAAACCUUCCCGGAAGAUGAAGGAGAGUACGAGUGCCAAGCAACGAACGAGUUAGGGACAGUCCGAACAUCUGCCGAUCUCUACAUAUCAGAAACAGCAGAUGUACAGACUGAAGAAGUUUCUGUGGAACAAGAGGUGUCUGUGUCUGAAGAUGUGGAAGCAGAAAUCACGGUGGAAACCAAAGAGGAGGAAGAGGUGACAGUUGAGGAAACCCAGCUUGCGAAAGAAGAAACCGAAGCUGAAAUUACCCUACAGCAACCAGAAACAGAUGAGGAGAGGGAAGAAAUUACAUCAACAGAUGUUACCCUGGACAUAACUGCUGAAAUUGAGGAACAGUUUGAAACACAGAUCACAUUUGAGACCAAAGACGCUGAAGAGGUUCAUGUUGAAGUUGAAGAACAGAAACCUGAAAAAACUGAAGCCGAAAUCACUUUAGAGACUCAGCCUGAUGAAGCACCUUCUUCCGAAAUUGUUUCUGCCGACUUGACUCUAGAAACCAAGCCAGAAGUUGAGGAGCAGUUUGAGAGUCUGGUGACCUUUGAGACCAGACCAGAAGAUGAUGUGAGCCAAGAGGUCACUUUCACCUCAGAGGAAGUUGUGGAAGAGGAAACCCAUGUGGAGGUUGACACCACUGUCCAAGAAGAAAAAGAAACUGUUACUGAAGAGUUUACUGUGACUGAAGUGGUGAAGGAUAUCUCAGAGGAAAGAAGUGUGGAAGAAAUUCUGUCCGAGAAAGAGAAACAGGUCACUGCAGAGGAAGAAAAGGACGCUGUUUCAGACGAGGAAAGGAAAGAAGAAGAGGUCAUUGAAAUGAUCUUAACUGAAACUGCAGAGACUGUUGGUGAUCAGCGCUGCGCACCUGAGUUCAUCCAACCCCUGGAGAAGACUCAGGCUAGGGAAGGUGAAGUGGCCCGCCUUGAGUGUCGUGUCAUCGGCAAUCCUAUGCCCCAGAUCACCUGGUUGAAAGACGAAGUCGAAAUUCGCCCAUCAGCAGAUUUCAAGAUCUUUUACGACGAGGACAACUUGUGCUCUCUAGUAAUCCAGGACGCUUUCAUCGACGACGCUGGGAUGUACACCGUCAUCGCCAAGAACGAACUGGGAACGGUGACAAGCUCAGCGGAUCUCAUUAUACUGGAGGAAGAAGAGAAAGAAGAAACCAUCGCCCCGACAUUUACAGAAAAGCCAAAAUUCCAGACUAUUCCCGAGGGUGACAAAGUAGAGCUCAACUGUCGUGUGGUAGCUAAACCCCAGCCUGAGAUUUUCUGGUCUAAGGAUAGCGCUCCUAUUGAGGACGAUGAGCGCUUUGAGACCACGAUCACGAAAGAAGCCGACGACACCUACAACUCAACUCUCACUGUCAUGGCAACCACCCCAGAGGAUGCCGGGACGUACAAAGUGACAGCCCGUAACGAGGAAGGGGAAGAGACUGUUACCGUGUCACUCAUAGUCCAGAAGACCAAAGAGGAGGACACAGAUUUUAGAAGUCAACUGAAGACCGAAGUGAAAUUUGAACAGGAUGUGAGUGAGGAAACCGUUGUAGAAGAAGAGGCAGAAGUUGAACAGUUGGAUUUCAGAGAUGUGCUCAAAACCGUGGAGGUGGAGAAGCCAGAUGAGGUCAAACCAGAAUUUGUCGUUACCUUACCCGACGUAGUCGUGCACGAAGGACUACCGGCCAAAUUUGUCUGCAAGGUCAAGGCCGUCCCGGAAGCCACGAUCAUGUGGUACCAUGAUGGCCUGCCAAUCAAACACGGAGAAGUGUAUCAGAUGGUCUCAGGCGAGGAAGGUCAACACACGUUGGAUCUACCGGAGGUAUUCCUGGAAGAUGGCGGCACGUACACUGUCAAAGCCAUUAACCCAUUCGGAGAGGCCGAGUGCUCGGCAAAACUCGUCGUGGAAGAGGCCCCGUCAGAUACCAGCACUGUGAGUUCAAAGAAAGAGGAAGAAGUGCAAGAGGACGAAGAAAAACCUGACAUUGAACAAGCUGUUAUCAAGAUACAGGCAGCUUUCCGUGGUUAUAAGGCUCGAGAGGAAAUCAAAGCCAUGAAGCAGACAAAAAUAACAGAAGUCCAGGUUGUACAGGAGAUAACCACUGAUGAGACGACAGAGGAGACCACUGAAGCCAGUCUUGUCAUCGAAGAAAUCGAUGAAACACCGGAAAGUGUGCAAGAGGCGCCCACUGUCGAGGAGGUCGUCGAGCUUGGCCCCGAAGAAGUCCCAGAGCAAGUUGAGGCCGAACUCGAAAUUCCAGACGUCAUCGAGGGAAAGCCCGAAGAUGUAGAAGCGGGUCUUGAAAUACAAGAACAAGUUCCAGAAGAAAAGACCCCCGAAGAGGUCAGCACUGAGGUGGCUUUCCAACAGGCGCUACAAGAAGUUGACAUCGACAAAACUGAAAUGGAAGAGACCUCAAUAAGUGAGGUCACAAUUGAAGCCCAGAUUUCGGAAGACGUGGAGGUGACGUUGAUGCCAGAAUCUCCUGACUUGACAGAAGAUGUGGCUGCAACUGCACAAAUCACGGAUGAAAUACAAGUUGAAACAAAACCGGCAGAUCAAGAGGAAUCCGAUCUUCAGAGUCUGACUGAUCUGACUGAAUACAGCACUGAGGAAAAGCAAGAAAUUUCUCAUUCUGAGGAAACCAGAGAUAUUCCUCCCUCUGAAAUUCCUCAAGAAGUGGACAACAAACCGGCUGACUCCGUGUCUGAGUUACCAAUCAUUAAGCAGAUUGAAAUUGAAAUCCCUGUUGAAGGAAGUCCGCUUGAGUCACCAACGGAAGUUUCUGAGGACACGGUUUCAAAGGAGGAACAGGUUACUGAGGUGAUAGAAAUUUCUGACGAAAGAGAGGAAGAUGGUUUCGAGGUGGAAAAGGAAGUCUGUGAGGAAAAACCUGUUCAAACAGAAGAGGAGAAAGACAUAGAGAGAAAACUGUCAAGCGGAAGCGAAGAGGAAAUUUCAACAGAGGAAGAAAUGAAAACGGAAAGCUCAACUGAUGAGGAUUUUGCAGAUGCCCAGGCAGAGGGAGAAAUUGAUUUGGAGAGGACAGAAGAAAAGCCUGAUGAAGAAGUUCCAGACCAAAUAUCUGAAACUAAAAUUGAAGUGAAAAAAGCAGGGGACGAAAUAUUUCAAAGUGGUUGGGAAAUUGAACAGCAGUCAAUGACAGAAACGCAGAAGAGCGCAUUAGAAGUCAGUGAAAAAUCCCUUGAAGAUUUGACCUCAAUUGAGAGAAAUGAGAUUGAGAAAUUUGCCGAUGAUUUGUCAAAAACAAUUUUAUCCAUGGUCUUUGAACAGCCACAGGAAACACCAUUGUCAUUAAAAAGUCUUCUUGAAAUUCACAUUUCAGAGGGAAAACAACAGCCUGAGGAAAUCAGUGAUGUAAUUGGCCUGAUUUCCCAAGGUGUUGAAAAAGAGACGUCUGAAGGUGUCGUCAAAGAAGAGGUCCAUGAAGAAGUGACUGAAGGACAGGAAGAGGUUCUUGAUGAAAUCGCCAGAGGAAAAGGUCCUAAACAAGAUGAAGCUCCUGAAGUCACAGAAGAGGAAACUCCUGAAGUCACCGAAGAGGAAGCCCCUGAAGUCACAGAAGAGGAAGCUCCCGAAGUUACAGCAGAGGAAGCUCUCGAAGUCACAGCAGAGGAAGCUCCCGAAGUCACCGGAGAGGAAGCUCCCGAGGUCACAGAAGAGGAAGUCUUCAAAGUCACGGAGGAAGCUCUCAAAGUCACAGCAGAGGAAGCUCUCCAAAUCACAAGACAGGAAGCUCCCGAAGUCACAGGGGAGGAAGCUCUCGAAGUCACCGAAGAGGAAGCUCUCAAAAUCACAGGAGAGGAAGCUCCCGAAGUCACAGGAGAGGAAGCUCUACAAGUCAGAGAAGAGGAAGCUGUCGAAGUCACGGAGGAAGCUCUUGAUGUCACAAGAAAGGAAGCUCCUGAAGUCAGAGAAGGGGAAGCCCCCGAGGUCACAGAUAAGGAAGCUCUCGAAGUCAAAGCAGAGGAAGCUCCCGAAAUCACAGCAGAGGAAACUCUCGAAGUUACAGGAGAGGAAGCUGUCGAAGUCACAGAAGAGGAAGCCCCCGAGGUCACAGAAGAGGAAGUUCUUGAAGUCACGGAGAAAGCUGUCAAAGUCACAAGAGAGGAAGCUCCCGAAGUCACUGGAGAGGAAGCUCCCGAGGUCACAGCAGAAGAAGUUCCCGAGGUCACAGAAGAGGAAGCUCUCAAAGUCACGGAAGAAGCUGUCGAAGUCAAAACAGAGGAAGCUCACGAAAUUACAGAAGAGGAAAUUCCCGAAGUCACACCAGAGGAAGCCCCCGAUGUCACAGAAGAGGAAGCUCUCGAAGUCACAGGAGAGGAAGUUCCCGAGGUCACAGAAGAGGAAGCUCUCGAAGUCACGGAAGAAGCUGUCGAAGUCACAGCAGAGGAAGCUCCCGAAAUCACAGCAGAGGAAACUCCCGAAGUUACAGGAGAGGAAGCUUUCGAAGUUACAAGAGAGGAACCUCAUGAAGUCGCACGAGAGGAAGCUCCCGAAGUCACAGAAGAGGAAGCCCCCGAGGUCACAGAAGAGGAAGUUCUCGAAGUCACGGAGGAAGCUGUCGAAGUCACAGGAAAGGAAGCUCUCGAAGUCACAAGAGAGGAAGCUCCCGAAGUCACAAGUGAGGAAGUUCCAGAGGUCACAGAAGAGGAAGUUCCCGAAGUCACGGAGGAAGCUUUCAAAGUUAAAGGAGAGCAAGCUCCCGAAGUCACAGAAGAGGAAGCUCCCGAAGUCACAGAAGAGGAAGCUCCCGAAGUCACAGAAGAGGAAGUUCCCGAAGUCACGGAGAAGGAAGUUCCCGAGAUAACAAGAGAGGAAGCUUCUGAAAUUACAGAAGAGGAAGCUCCCGAAGUCAGAGCAGAGAAAGCUCUCGAAGUCAGAGGAGAGGAAGCUCCCGAGUUCACAGCGGAGGAAGUUCCCGAGGUCACAGAAGAGGAAGCUCUCGAAGUCACGGAGGAAGCUCCCGAAGUCACAGGAGAGGAAGCUCCCGAAAUCACAGCAGAGGAAACUCCCGAAGUUACAGGAGAGGAAGCUGUCGAAGUCACAGGAGAGGAAGUCCCUGAAGUCGUACGAGAGGAAGCUCCCGAAGUCACAGAAGAGGAAGCCCCCGAGGUCACAGAAGAGGAAGCUCUCGAAGUCACGGAGAAAGCUGUCAAAGUCACAGGAGAGGAAGCUCUCAAAGUCACAAGAGAGGAAGCUCCUGAAGUCACCGGAGAGGAAGUUCCCGAGGUCACAGAAGAGGAAGUUCCCAAAGUCACGGAGGAAGCUUUGAAAGUCACAGGAGAAGCUCCCGAAGUCACAGAAGAGGAAGCUCCCGAAGUCACAGAAGAGGAAGUUCCCAAAGUCACGGAGGAGGAAGUUCCUGAGAUAACAAGAGAGGAAGCUUCUGAAAUUACAGAAGAGGAAAUUCCCGAAGUCACACCAGAGGAAGCCCCCGAUGUCACAGAAGAGGAAGCUCUCGAAGUCACAGGAGAGGAAGUUCCCGAGGUCACAGAAGAGGAAGUUCCCGAAAUCACAGCAGCGAAAGCUCAUGAAGUGACUCAAGGAGAGGAAGCCCCUGAAGUCACUGAAGGAGAGGAAUCCCCUGAAGUCAUUAUAGAAGAGGAAGUAUCUACACAAACGCUUGAAAAUUUGAUCUCAAUUGGUAAAGAUCAAACUGAGAAAUUUGCUCACCAUUUGUCACAAACAGUUUUAUACGAUGUUUUGGAAGAAGUCACUAAAGAGCUGGGAAAAGUUUCUGAAGUAAUUGAAGGAGAGGAAGGUCUUGAAGAAUUUGCGGAAGAGAAAGUUCCUGAAAUCACUGAGGAAAGACAAAAAAUCACCGAGGAAGCACCCGAAGAAAUCACCGAGGAAGCACCUGAAGAAAUCACCGAGGAAGAACCUGGAGUGACCGGGACAUCACCUGAAGAACUCACAGAGGAGAAAACAUCUGGAGAAGUCAUUGAGGAAUCACCUGAAGAAGUCACACAGGAAGUUCCGAAAGUAGUCACUGAAAAGGCACUUGAACAAGUAGCCACUGAGAAGGAAGCACCGGAAGUCACUGAGGAGGAAGUACCCAAAGAAGUCACUGAAAAAGCACCCGAAGAAGUCACUGGGGAAGCACAUGAAGAAGUCACUGAAGACGUUGAAGUCGUCGGAGAAAAGACAUUCAAAGAAGAGAUUGAAAUUGCACCAAGCCCUGGUGAUGUUGAAGUUGAGAUUUCCUCCGAUGCGGAAAGACAGCUGACGUUAAAAGAGGAUGUUGGUGUCACAGAUGAUACGGAAACCAAAACAAUCACAGAGGAAACCCCAGAAGACAUUCCUCAAGUUGCAGAAGAAGAAACAUUUAAAGAGAAGCUUGAAAUUGCACCAACUCCAGGUGUUGUUGAAGCUGAAAUUUCUUCCGAAGUCGAAAAACAACUUUCAUUGAAAGAAGAUGUUGGUGUCACAGAUGAUACGGAAACUAAAACAAUUACUGAGGAAAGCCCAGAAGACAUUCCUCAAGCUGGAGAAGAAGAAACAUUUAAAGAGGAGCUUGAAAUUGCACCAACCCCUGGUGAUGUUGAAGCCGAAAUUUCUUCCGAAGUCGAAAAACAACUGUCAUUGAAAGAAGAUGUCGGUGUCACAGAUGAUACGGAAACUAAAACAAUUACUGAGGAAAGCCCAGAAGACAUUCCUCAAGCUGGAGAAGAAGAAACAUUUAAAGAGGAGCUUGAAAUUGCACCAACCCCGGGUGAUGUUGAAGCUGAAAUUUCUUCCGAAGUCGAAAAACAACUGUCAUUGAAAGAAGAUGUCGGUGUCACAGAUGAUACGGAAACUAAAACAAUCACAGAGGAAACCCCAGAAGACAUUCCUCAAGUUGGAGAAGAAGAAACAUUUAAAGAAGAGCUUGAAAUUGCACCAAGCCCUGGUGAUGUUGAAGUUGAGAUUUCUUCUGAAGUGGAAAGACAGCUGACGUUGAAAGAGGAUGUUGGUGUCACAGAUGAUACGGAAACUAAAACAAUCACAGAGGAAACUCCAGAAGACAUUCCUCAAGCUGGAGAAGAAGAAACAUUUACAGAAGAGCUUGAAAUUGCACCAAGCCCUGGUGAUGUUGAAGUUGAGAUUUCUUCUGAAGUGGAAAGACAGCUGACGUUGAAAAAGGAUGUUGGUGUCACAGAUGAUACGGAAACUAAAACAAUCACAGAGGAAACCCCAGAGGACAUUCCUCAAGUUGGAGAAGAAGAAACAUUUAAAGAGGAGCUUGAAAUUGCACCAAGCCCUGGUGAUGUUGAAGUUGAGAUUUCUUCUGAUGUGGAAAGACAGCUGACGUUGAAAGAGGAUAUUGGUGUCACAGAUGAUACGGAAACUAAAACAAUCACAGAGGAAACCCCAGAGGACAUUCCUCAAGCUGGAGAAGAAGAAACAUUUAAAGAGGAGCUUGAAAUUGCACCAAGCCCUGGUGAUGUUGAAGUUGAGAUUUCUUCUGAUGUGGAAAGACAGCUGACGUUGAAAGAGGAUGUUGGUGUCACAGAUGAUACGGAAACUAAAACAAUCACAGAGGAAACCCCAGAAGACAUUCCUCAAGUUGGAGAAGAAGAAACAUUUAAAGAAGAGCUUGAAAUUGCACCAAGCCCUGGUGAUGUUGAAGUUGAGAUUUCUUCUGAUGUGGAAAGACAGCUGACGUUGAAAGAGGAUGUUGGUGUCACAGAUGAUACGGAAACUAAAACAAUCACAGAGGAAACCCCAGAGGACAUUCCUCAAGUUGGAGAAGAAGAAACAUUUAAAGAGGAGCUUGAAAUUGCACCAAGCCCUGGUGAUGUUGAAGUUGAGAUUUCUUCUGAAGUGGAAAGACAGCUGACGUUGAAAGAGGAUGUUGGUGUCACAGAUGAUACGGAAACUAAAACAAUCACAGAGGAAACUCCAGAAGACAUUCCUCAAGUUGGAGAAGAAGAAACAUUUAAAGAAGAGCUUGAAAUUGCACCAAGCCCUGGUGAUGUUGAAGUUGAGAUUUCUUCUGAUGUGGAAAGACAGCUGACGUUAAAGGAGGAUGAUGGUGUCACAGAUGAUACGGAAACUAAAACAAUCACAGAGGAAACUCCAGAAGACAUUCCUCAAGUUGGAGAAGAAGAAACAUUUAAAGAAGAGCUUGAAAUUACGCCAAGCCCUGGUGAUGUUGAAGUUGAAAUUUCCUCUGAAGUUGAAAAAGAGCUGACGUUGAAAGAGGAUAUUGGCGUCACAGAUGAUACGGAAACUAAAACAAUCGUUGAGGAAACACCAGACGAGAUUCCUCAAGUUCAAGAGGAGGAAACAUUUAAAGAAGAAGUUGAAAUGGCGCCAACUCCUGGUGAUCUUGAAGUUCAGAAAUUCCCAGUGAAAGAUAAAGUCGAUGUGACUGAUGACACAAUAGCUAAAACAGUAUGUGAGGAAAGACAGAAGUUUGAAGAAAGCGUUGAAAUUGCGCCGAAAGCUGGAGAUAUUGAAACAUUUACGUCCGAAGAACAGCUAAGAGUACCCGAUACAAGGCUGGAUUUAGGGGUCAUUGAAAUGGAGGUUACCUCUGGGGAAGCCGAAGUCGUCGUCAAACACGACGAAAUUUUGGACAUCUCUGCUUCUCCAACAGAGGGUCCUUCUUCAUUCAAGGAGGAAUUUGUGCUCAUGCCAGUUCAGCCCAAGGACACGUAUGAAAUAGAAAUAGCACCUGGUAAAAUCGAAACAAUCACUACUUACCAUGAAACUAUUGAGAUUACAGAAGAAAUCACACCGGCUACUUGGGACAAAGACAUUUCAGGUGUUCCUGUAGAAAGUAGACCGCAUGAGCGGAAAACGAGCUUAGAUAAGGAUAUUUUUCAGGGUGAUGAAGAUCUGGAAGACAAACAGGAAGAAAAAGAGGAAAGCCCAGUACCUGUUCACGAAAUUUUCGCGAAACCGGACGACACACCGUCUAUUUUUGAACGAGAACAGUAUGAAGAAACUAUUGAAAUUGCACCUAAAUCCACAGAUACUCAGAUCUGUCCUACUUCUGAUGGAAUUGUCUCGAAAGAAGAGUUCAGUGUAUCUGACAUGGGCCCGGACCUCGGAGUUGUUGAAAUGAAGCUUCGACCAGGGGAAGCUCAACUUGUUGUCACACAUGACGAAAAUUUAGAGAUAUCCACAGCUUCGCAACCAGGUCUUCCGUCUACAUUCAGGGAAAAUUUGGUGAUCAUGCCUGUUCAACCCAAAGAUACAUUCGAAAUUGAAAUAUCCCCGGGUGAAAUAGAAAAAAUCACUACCUACCACGAAACAGUUGAGAUAACAGAAGAGAUCAUAGAUGUUUCAGAUGAAGAAAGCUCCGUAGUACCUGAAGAGAGAAAAAAGAGCUUAGUGGAUGAAGAAACACAGCCAGUAAAACUGAUUCCUGCCGAUGUAGAUGCAGAACUUCCACUAGAAAAAGACAAACUUCCUGCACAAGACCUCACAGAUGACUUGCGAGAUGUUGUUCAGCGAGAAAGCUUUGAAGAAAGCAUUGAAAUUGGACCUAAAUCGACAGAUAAAAAGAUCUUGCCUUCCGACACUAGUGUUGUGCCUGAGGACGUGGUAAAAGAUUCCGAUGUACGUCCAGACUUCGGGGUCAUUGAAGUAGAGGUUACACCAGGAAAAUCUGAGCUUGUUAUUACCCACGAUCAAAGCUUAGAAAUAUCGCCAACUUCAGAACCAGAGGGUCCGUCCACUUUCCAGGAGAAAUUGGUGCUUUUACCAGUCAAGCCUAAGGAUACAUAUGAAAUAGAAAUUGCUCCUGGAAAGAUUGAAACCAUCACAACGUAUCAUGAAACUCUUGAGAUCACAGAGGAAAUUGUUGAAACUGCGUUUGAUGAAGAUAUUCGACCAGUACCGAUAAAGAGUAGCCCAGGCGAUCAUGAAAAGGAUAUGGACGAUGAAAAAACCUUUCAACCUGAAGACUUGUCUUCCAUUGUUCAACAAGAGCGUUUUGAAGAAAGCAUUGAAAUAGCGCCCAAAACACCGAGCUCUCCAGCGACUUUGUUAGACACUCAGAUGGUUUCUCAGGAACACUUAAGAGUGUCUGACACACGUCCAGACUUUGGAGUUGUAGAAAUGGAACUAAUUCCAGGAAAAUCUGAGGUAACAGUGAGUUACGAUGAACGUCUAGAGAUAUCCGGGACAUUACAACCAGAAGGCCCAUCAGUGUUUAAAGAACAGUUUGAAAUUGUACCAGAGCAGCCCAGAGAAUCAAUCGAGAUAGAAAUUGCCCCUGGCAAAGUUGAAACCAUUACAACUUACCAUGAAACACUAGAAGUCACAGAAGAACUAAGCGGUGCUUCGUCAGAUGAAGAGGACCUCGCUGAAGACAGAAAACCAGAUGUCCAGGAAAUGGUAUUUGACGACGAAGAUACACAAUCCAAGAAAUUGUCACCGACAGAAAAGGUGAUUUCAAAAGAUGACAAACCCAUAGAUACAAGUGUUGAUGAAGACAGGCCUGAUAUUCCUGUCGAUGUUUCUGAAGAAUCUGUCAUACCCGAAACAACAUCUGACGAAAUAUCUACAGACAUAGAUGAGAGAGAAACUUCUCCAAAACCAGAGGACGUGCCGUAUAUUGUUGGACCAGACCGAUUUGAAGAAAGCAUUGAAAUUGCACCCAGAACGACUGAUGUGCCCGUGUCACCUUCAGAAAUUCAGAUGAAAUCCCAGGAGCAUUUCAGAAUCUCUGAUUUACAACCAGAGUUUGGAAUUGUGGAAAUGGAGGUUACACCUGGAAAAUCUGAAGUAACGAUGACUUCCAAUGAAAGCCUGGAGGUAUCUGGGAUAUUGCAGCCAGAAGGACCGUCAAUGUUUAAAGAACAAUUUCAGAUUGUUCCAGAACAACCAAAAGAAACAAUCGAGAUAGAAAUUGCUCCUGGGCAGACUGAAACAAUAACAACGUAUCACGAAACCAUUCAGAUCACAGAGGAAUUUGGUAGCAGUUCUUCAGAUGAAGAAAAAAUCGGGAAAGAUCAAUCGCCAACCCAUUCCGAAGAACGUGAAUCCAAAGACAGAGAAGACAAGACGAGUCCGGAUUUUGGUGACAAGGAAGUAACAGAACAAACAAAGGAAAUACAGUGGGAAAAACCUGAACAUUCUGUAGACGAAGAGACUGAUGUUAAAACUGUUCCACUGGACGAACAGGAUGUACCUUCCAGUCAGACUUUUACAGAAGAGAUUGAAGUUUUGCGUACCCUGCCAGAUGAAGGUGAUGAACAUGUGUUCACAUUAAAAGAAGUCUCAACAUACUCUGAGACGAUUGAAGUGUCAAGAGCAACAAUUAUCAAGACAGGGACAAAGACAAUGAAAGUUACCGAAGCGUGUGAAACAUUCAGAAAAGCAAUAUCCUUUCCACAAUCUGUUUCAGAGCAGCCUAAAGAUAUGAUCGAAAUAGAGAUUUCUCCUGGAAAAGUUGAAACGAUUACGACGUACCAUGAAACACUGGACAUCACAGAAGAACUAAGCGAUGCCUCAUCGGAUGAAGAAAGGCCCGGGGACACAAAACCAGAAGUGGAAAAAGUGACCGAUGACGAAACGAAGCCAAAGAAGUUUGAAAUUGUUCCAAAGCAGCCCAGAGAAUCAAUCGAGAUAGAAAUUGCCCCUGGCAAAGUUGAAACCAUUACAACUUACCAUGAAACACUAGAAGUCACAGAAGAACUAAGCGGUGCUUCAUCAGAUGAAGAGGACCUCGCUGAAGACAGAAAACCAGACGUCCAGGAAAUGGUUUUUGACGACGAAGAUACACAAUCCAAGAAAUUGUCACCGACAGAAAAGGUGAUUUCAAAAGAUGACAAACCCAUAGAUACAAGUGUUGAUGAAGACAGGCCUGAUAUUCCUGUCGAUGUUUCUGAAGAAUCUGUCAUACCCGAAACAACAUCUGACGAAAUAUCUACAGACAUAGAUGAGAGAGAAACUUCUCUGAAACCAGAGGACAUGCCGUAUAUUGUUGGACCAGACCGAUUUGAAGAAAGCAUUGAAAUUGCUCCCAGAACGACUGAUGUGCCCGUGUCACCUUCAGAAAUUCAGAUGAAAUCCCAGGAGCAUUUCAGAAUCUCUGAUUUACAACCAGAGUUUGGAAUUGUGGAAAUGGAGGUUACGCCUGGAAAAUCUAAAGUAACGGUAACUUCCGAUGAAAGUCUGGAGGUAUCCGGGAUAUUGCAGCCAGAAGGACCGUCAGUGUUUAAAGAACAAUUUCAGAUUGUUCCAGAGCAACCGAAAGAAACAAUCGAGAUAGAAAUUGCUCCUGGGCAUACUGAAACAAUAACAACGUAUCACGAAACCAUUCAGAUCACAGAGGAAUUUGGUAGCAGUUCUUCAGAUGAAGAAAAAAUCGGGAAAGAUCAAUCGCCAACCCAUUCCGAAGAACGUAAAUCCGAAGACAGGGAAGACAAGACGAGUUCGGAUUUCGGUGACAAGGAAGUAACAGAACAAACAAAGGAAAUACAGUCGGAAAAACCUGAACAUUCUGUAGACGAAGAGACUGAUGUUAAAACUGUUCCACUGGACGAACAGGAUGUACCUUCCAGCCAGACUUUUACAGAAGAGAUUGAAGUUUUGCGUACCCUGCCAGAUGAAGGUGAUGAACAUGUGUUCACAUUAAAAGAAGUCUCAACAUACUCUGAGACGAUUGAAGUGUCAAGAGCAACAAUUAUCAAGACAGGGACAAAGACAAUGAAAGUUACUGAAGCGUGUGAAACGUUCAGGAAAGCAAUAUCCUUUCCACAAUCUGUUUCAGAGCAGCCUAAAGAUAUGAUGGAAAUAGAGAUUUCUCCUGGAAAAGUUGAAACGAUUACGACGUACCAUGAAACACUGGACAUCACAGAAGAACUAAGCGAUGCCGCGUCGGAUGAAGAAAGGCCCGAGGACACAAAACCAGAAGUGGAAAAGGUGACUUUUGACGAUGACGAAACGAAGCCAAAGAAGUUUGAAAUUGUUCCAGAGCAGCCCAGAGAAUCAAUCGAGAUAGAAAUUGCCCCUGGCAAAGUUGAAACCAUUACAACUUACCAUGAAACACUAGAAGUCACAGAAGAACUAAGCGGUGCUUCAUCAGAUGAAGAGGACCUCGCUGAAGACAGAAAACCAGACGUCCAGGAAAUGGUUUUUGACGACGAAGAUACACAAUCCAAGAAAUUGUCACCGACAGAAAAGGUGAUUUCAAAAGAUGACAAACCCAUAGAUACAAGUGUUGAUGAAGACAGGCCUGAUAUUCCUGUCGAUGUUUCUGAAGAAUCUGUCAUACCCGAAACAACAUCUGACGAAAUAUCUACAGACAUAGAUGAGAGAGAAACUUCUCCAAAACCAGAGGACGUGCCGUAUAUUGUUGGACCAGACCGAUUUGAAGAAAGCAUUGAAAUUGCUCCCAGAACGACUGAUGUGCCCGUGUCACCUUCAGAAAUUCAGAUGAAAUCCCAGGAGCAUUUCAGAAUCUCUGAUUUACAACCAGAGUUUGGAAUUGUGGAAGUGGAGGUUACGCCUGGAAAAUCUGAAGUAACGGUGACUUCCGAUGAAAGUCUGGAGGUAUCCGGGAUAUUGCAGCCAGAAGGACCAUCAAUGUUUAAAGAACAAUUUCAGAUUGUCCCAGAACAACCGAAAGAAACAAUCGAGAUAGAAAUUGCUCCUGGGCAGACUGAAACAAUAACAACGUAUCACGAAACCAUUCAGAUCACAGAGGAAUUUGGUAGCAGUUCUUCAGAUGAAGAAAAAAUCGGGAAAGAUCAAUCGCCAACCCAUUCCGAAGAACGUAAAUCCGAAGACAGGGAAGACAAGACGAGUCCGGAUUUUGGUGACAAGGAAGUAACAGAACAAACAAAAGAAAUACAGUCGGAAAAACCUGAACAUUCUGUAGACGAAGAGACUGAUGUUAAAACUGUUCCACUGGACGAACAGGGUGUACCUUCCAGCCAGACUUUUACAGAAGAGAUUGAAGUUUUGCAUACCCUGCCAGAUGAAGGUGAUGAACAUGUGUUCACAUUAAAAGAAGUCUCAACAUACUCUGAGACGAUAGAAGUGUCAAGAGCAACAAUUAUCAAGACAGGGACAAAGACAAUGAAAGUUACCGAAGCAUGUGAAACAUUCAGAAAAGCAAUAUCUUUUCCACAAUCUGUUUCAGAACAGCCUAAAGAUAUGAUGGAAAUAGAGAUUUCCUCCUGGAAAAGUUGAAACGAUUACGACGUACCAUGAAACACUGGACAU